GUGGUCGGCGGCGGCCAAUACGAAACUACAUGUAAAAACUAGGUGAGCGACGCGCCGCUACCGGUAUAUAUUGCAGGCAGCGGACGGGAGCAUCACAGUCAGCUUCUGCAUCGACUCCACUCACACCAUGAACGCCAAGAUCGCCAUCCUCCUCGCCCUCGUGGCCGUGGCCGUCGCCGACAGUGACGAAUUCAGAGGCUACCGCGCCCCCAGCUCCGAGGAGUCCUACGAGUCCUCCGAGGCCCAGUACAACUUCCAGUGGGCUGUGGACCACGACCCCUCCAGCAACGAGUACGGCCACCAGGAGGCCCGCGACGGUGACAACACCAAGGGCUCCUACUACGUGGAGCUUCCCGACGGUCGCGUCCAGAACGUUGCUUACUACGUCAACGGUGACUCUGGCUACAUCGCUGACGUCACCUACACCGGCUCCGCUGAGUCCUUCGAGUCCGACGAGUCCAACGAGUCCUUCCGUUACUACGGAUCCAACGAGUCCAAGUAAAUGAUCGGCUGUCUUCCUUUGCUCCUGCACCGACAUGACGUGUUCAAAUUCUCGGCGUGACCCGUGAAGGUCGUGCAUGUAUUUAUUUCUCUAUUUAUUAAACACUCUUCUCGCA